GUAGUUGUGACCCUGUUCAAGAACGAUCUUUUUAAGGAUUAUCCACAGCCUGUUCCUUUAGGAUAUUUUCUCUGUUCGAUUCGAUUAAGACUUGAUUUCAUAAAUAUUUUGUCACUCAACUCAAUCCCUGAGCCGAUCCCUUAGACUAUUUUUGUCGCCCGACUCAAUCCCCUCGAGAUGGAAAAAUUAUAAAACCCAUCCCCAGAUCCACUUCCACUGUCAACCCAUCCGCAAGAUAUGCAUUCAACUGAUAGAUAUACGCCCAAGAUCGUGAUUAUUUCUGAUAGAUUUUAAUUAGAGAUUUCAAUUAUUGCUUUAGCUUACUUAGGAUAUUAAAAAUUAUGCCAACAAAUUCUCUUCUACAACCUUUAACAACAACAAAAAUAAAGAAGAUAAAUAAGAAAAAUAAUAUAUUUAAAUUAAGCACGUAUAAACGACAUAAAAAAUAUUUGAUAAAAUCAGCCAAAUUAUUUUAUAAAAAAUGGCAUUUAAAUCAUUUAGUUCCAAUACCAUUUAUUAGUAUUUAUAUGAUUUUUGGUGCCUUACUUUUUUGGUUGACAGAAAAUAAAGCAGAAUUUGAAAGACAAAUUAUAAAGUAA